UAUAAAAACGCAUGUGUAUAUUAUACCGUCGAAUUGAGCCUCCUUUCUUGAAGUCAGUUGAAAAUGACAUCCAAAGUGAGUAGCAAAAAAUGGAUAAGCGAAGAAACUCCAGAUGAAGAGGAAUUGUUUAAUCACUGCUCUGAAAUGGAGAUAGUCUGUUUUGCCAUAACUAAAGUUAUACUAGCCGCAGAUAGCAAAUGGAAUGGCAAUAUGAGUAAGAAGUACGAGCACUCGUUGACAAAUCGUAAAUAUAUUAUGGAUCUAGUUAAUAUACAGGUAUUGGACCAAAUAAUAGAGUAUUUAUCGAAGGUUGUUAAAUCUUUUUAUAAGUUGCACCCGAGAUUGGCGAGACUGAAGAAAGAUGAGGGUUUAAUAUUGAGUAAGCACGACAGAGUUUACGAUAAGCUGUGUAGUAGGAGAUUUGUAAUGCUGCAAGCUAUUAACAGUCUCAUAACUACUAUCCUGUCGGCGUGCCUGCAUAGAGAAGAUUCGAGGAAAAUGAUGGAAUCUUGUUUAAGUUUGGUGGGCAUCUACAACGACCUACUCGGCUGUAGUCAUAAAAAGUUCGUGGCGAAAUUCAACACAUGUAGCAACACUUACCCGAGCACUAUAAGCGAAACCAGACCUAUUACUAUGACUAAAAUUGUACAAGUGCUGUCAAAAAGUCGCACGGAGACGAACUGUCGUCGUCUGAUCGCGUGCCUGGUGACGAUGUACCGACCGGACGACGACACAGACACCGCCAGCGCUGACAGCCUCGAGAUAUACCAAACCUUAACGAAGCACAUAACUCCACCCACUUCAUCUAUACCCCGACGCACCGAGGACCAAGAUAUAGUCAAAAAUAGAAAAUGCAAAAUGAAACAGGCACAGAGCCUCAUAGACAUAAAGAACUGCCAGAAGAUUCUAGAAGAAAGCCGACAGAACUCCGACUCGGAGGUGCCUUAUACGUCGCUGCUGAGCGCUGGAGGCAUUCUGGAUAACAUAUUGAAUAGUGAAGAAAACGUCAACGAAAUUCUCCAAAGUGAAGAAAUAUUCAUCGAGAUCCUAUUAGACACUGUAGCAAAUAUGACACCAGCCUUAUUGGGUCCUAAAGGGGUCAAAAAACUAAAGUCAGGCCAAGUACACGCUAGUAGGAAGUCAGCUCAGAAAGUGACGGAGUAUUACCAGAACUUACUGUGGGGAGAUGUUGGCAGCUGCCUAGAACACAUCGUCCUUUGGUGGUCUUCCUAUCCCCUUGCUAUGAGAUCACCUCAGGCGUGCCAAAACCUUAGACAGUGGUUAUUUACUACAUUCAACGACAAAAACACUCCCGACCUAGUGCUGUCGUCGCUCAGGAUACUGGCUGACGCAUUAGGGUGCCACGUCACUUCUACAUCGUGGGACAAACUUUUUGGGGCAACACUGACAACAAACUUGAACGUGUGUUCUCUGAAACAGUACCCUGAUCUCUCAAUAAACGUUACACACGUGACACAAUCGGGUGCUAACUUUGCAGUAAUGCUCCAAGACUUAGUGACUCUCAACAACCACUGCGAAGUGACAUGGGACUACAUACUCGGGGCGCCGCUUGAGGACCUACCUAUAGUGGAGCAGAUUCCUAUAUUACAUAGACUAGACCACUCUAUCCACACAUACCGUCUAUGGACCCUGGCGGAGUCACGUCGGCUGGUCAGCAACUGGUGUAUGGACGACUUCUUCCGAGUGACACAAAAUGAUAUGACUGUGUGUGCGGAGCAAAUAGCGAACUUGCGCUUCGCGGAUCAUACUGCUACUAUUGAGGCUGGUAAAAUUGGUGAACAUGAAAACGUUUGUGCGAAAAUGAGAGAGAAGCUUGUGUCUGAAGUUAAAACUAACAUUGAGAAAUUAAAAGGAGCAACAGACGAGAUCACCGCGGUGGUAUCAUCAGUGUGCGCGACCACCAGUCUGGCUCACCUGACCAUGGUUUUCCCUAGUAACGCUGACUGGAGGAAAGUCACUCGGCCCCCUAGUGUGGUACAUUCCGCGUAUGUUAGAGACUUUCUGGAGAAGAUGUUGUAUCCUGUUAUCAAAGCGACAGAAGAUAUCACAACUCUGAACAUGAUAUUGAGGAUUACAUGCGAGUCCUGGCUACACCACAUAUACGUCGCUAAAGUCAAGUUUACAAAGGAUGCGGCAGUCCAACUCCUGGCGGAUUUCAACGAAGUGCGGGUCUGGAUCAACGAGUGCAAAUCCCUCACACCCGCUGCCAAAAAACAGAUGCUACAGAAUGAAGUACUCAGGCGCUGCGAGGGCGUCGGAAGAUUGUUACUGCACGCGCCGGGAGAUCUCAUAUCCAUGCAAGAAUCCACUAUGCAGUCCGCCAAAAUAAGAAAAGACGAUAGCGAUACGCCCGAGCAACUAAUGCCAGCGGAGAUGUACGUCCCAAAUCAGAAACAAUGGCUGACUCUACGCGCCGGAAAAUUAAAGGGUGCAGUCGCUUUCACACUUUGUUGCUUAGUUUUAUAAAA